UGCCAAAAGAAAGAGUGAAAUCAGUACUUAACACAAAGUCCGGCAUGGCACAGGGUCCACGUAGAAGACCUGGUCAUUAAUUAGUGCCUGGAAGAGGUGUCAUUUUUGUGGCUAAUGACUUGAAAUCGAGCCUCAUCUGCAGGCACCAGUUGUUAAAAAAGGGCACAAGUGAAGUGAACUAGCAUUUGAGUGGUGGUACUAUGCGUGCAGCCAUCGAAAGAACUGGAUCAGGACUCGAGUUCCCCUUUCGAUGAUCACUGAGGUCCAAACAAAAGUCGUCCGAGACGCCCUGAUGUCACUCCUCGUGAUACUCAUCUGACAGAUAGACAUAAAAAAUGCAUAAUACACCCGUGACUCCGAGGAAGCCCAGGACUGGUGAUAGCAACAGUCGCCAUCCCCAUCACCACUAUCACCAUGAUCCACAUCGGAACAACGGUGGUCUCACUUCUCCUUCCUCUAUUCAGGCUCCUCCUCACGUCAUCAGACAGUCUGACAAAGGCAUGAUUGAUCAGAAUUUAGCAUCAGCUGCCCCGCCUCAUGUGUCCUCGUCUAUGAGAGCUUAUGUGCAUCACCACAGUCAACCUCCUAACCACCACCAUCCCCACCUCCAACAUCUCCAACACCAGGGCCAGCACUCUCACAACCUGCAUCAAGCUCAUUGCGAUAUGCCUGGCCCUCCUCCUUCACACGUGGUCAUGAGAGGCUCGCCAUCUUCAGCGUCGCCCUCUUCUUCAUCUCCGUCAUCAUCAUCAUCUAAUACCUUUUGUGAGAACCCCUCUUCUUCUGGCUCAUAUCCUCAUUAUGUCCAGGGUCGACAGCAAAGUGGUUCUGAGUCUGGAGUUGGCGUUGGUGGCAAUUACCAGGUCAGCAGAGUCAAAUCGGAUUUCGGAGUAGCGCCAGAUAGUGCUCGGAUCCAACCACACUAUGGAAGCCACAGUAGUGGGGGCAUGGGGCAGUUCUCCCAACCCUAUUAUUCCACCCCAUUGCCUAAACAUGGACAGCCAAUGAGCCAAUGCAAUAAUGCAUUUCAAUCACAGGCGCGAUGGAGUUACGACAUGUCCCAAGGGUACCAGCACCAGCAUUACGCUCAAUUGCCACAGCCGCAAAAUUGUCUGUAUGAUCGGCACCAGCCGUUUCCCCACCAAAACCAGGCCUCGCAAUCUCCGUGGAGCCCUCAAUUGGGCCGCCAUCCUCGUCCCGUUGAGAACCUCCGGAGCCAGGUCCAAGACAAUAGUUACCCUUGUGAGGGCUAUUAUGGUGGUCAGUACUAUUUGACUUCCAACGAUCUGCCGCUUCUCCAAGAGGCGACACCCCCGCCCUCGUCCCAUUCCCAGGACCAUGGGAACCCGAGGAAGAUGGGAGCGAAUACCACCGCUGCCGAGCCCUCUUGUGAGAACAAAAUGAUUGAUGACUUGAAAACCGGAGAGCUGGACUCUUCAAAAUUUGAUAUGCCACUUACCCCCUACUCGAACAACCCACCCACCCCGUCCCACCAGACGGACCAUCAACCACCCACUCCAUUGCCAUCGUUUCAGGCCACUACUGGUGGCGGGGGUUCUGCCUCCACACCCUACCAUGAGGCCAAUUAUCCUCCCACUCCUGCCUAUUCAGACCUCCAAUCACCCAACAGUGAGACUCAUCUUCAUUCCUCGUCAUCCACCUCCUCCUAUAUUGGUAGCAAAACCCUGCCUUCCUCGAUGUCAAAUGAGGAUCCUACCCCAUUUUCCCAACUCGAGGAGAGCCAGGACGAAAGUCAUUCACAUACCGUGUCGAGUGCGAAUGAGAAUCAGGAUGAAGAGAUAUUCGUUCCAUUGCAUGAGCUGAUCGGAAGCACACUGGGUAGUUCGUCGUCGUCGUCCUCUUGCUCUUCCUCCUGUGAAUCAUCUCUAUUGACUCAAACCAAUCAAGCGUUACCCCAAGAGAAACAGACACAUGCACACAAAGAUCAUCGUUCCGAGACGGCGGCGGAUGAAGGGAUGAACGAUGCAGAUAACUUCAUGAUCAUGAGGGUGCCAGGGGAAGUGGAGAGCUGUCACGUCAACAGGAGCCCAAAGGCUAACGAUGAGGAACCCCUUGUUGUCUUAGUCAAAGAAAGAAAUCUUUCUCCCUCUUCGGAGCCUCAACAAGCUCCCCAAGCUCCCCAAGCUCCCCCGGUUCCCACCAAUGGUGAGUUGGGAUUGGCUGAGGUAGUCGACUACUCCACCACUUAUCCCGCAGAAAGAAAGAAGGCCAAAGCCAAGAAGAGGCAACUUUCUCUUGGUGAAUGCCCCGACGAGCUUUCUAAUUUCACAUCACCAUCACGGUCUUUCGGCUCUCAAGAAAGUGGAAACGCACCCUCAUCAUCAUCAUCGUCGUCGUCGUCGUCGUCGUCCAUGAAUGCCUUAGGGAGGAAUCACCGAGUUAAUGCCAAGUCUAAGAAAACAUCACCGUCGUCAAAACGAAAGAGGCGAGAAGGCGUUGAAAGCGGGAUAUGGAGGAAUUAUGAUCCGAAGGAGAUGAGUGACACUCUGGAAAUGGCUCUCAAUGACAUGACUAUUGCCCUGAGAAAUACCGAAUCGCAGUAUUUGUCUAGAAAGAGCGUUGCUAUCUUGGCAGAAAGCGACCCAGAAUGCUCGGCCAAGCCAAUGGUUCGGCUAGAGUUUCAAGCAGAUUGCAAAUCCCCAGUCAGAGUAUCAUCCCCCUCAUCACCGUCAAAGGGUUUGUCUAGUCCCAAAGAUGAUGACGACAAAAACAGGGUCGUCCCCAUUGCUGCUGCCCUUCUGACUCCUGCUUGUUCUUCUGGUUCGUUGGCCCAACGGCCCGACUCCUUGGGUGGCCGGCGGGAAAACGAUACCGUGGCUGACGGGGACAAAGUUGACUUGUCAAAUUUCAUGAGACUGCCAUCCCAACAAAGUCAAGAUGAUGACAGCAGGCAGGAGAAUAUCAAAUUACCAUUCAAACGCCAAGAUCACCAAGAUCUGGAGAAGCAAUUGAAGACAGAUAUCAUCCAGCUGAUCCAGCGACGCUUUUCAGCAGCCUCUUCAAUGAAAGGGUUGCGGAUCCUCGUCGAGGUCAAGACCCUAGUUGGUAUUCAAACGGAAGAGGCCGAGGACCUCCCUUCUAGUCCUUUGUCAUCCUCUCACAAAGGAAUUCCGUGCCUGCGAAAGAGACGCUUCAAUCAGGGCGACUCAAUUUUGAAGUCCAAGACAAAUGAUCGAGAUUCCUCCAAGAGAUUGAACUUUGGCGAGUGGGCACCCAAGUCGAAAGAGUUGUUUUCCCUUUCCAUCGCUCAUGAUCUUGACACAGGUCUAGGAUCUGAGCCAUCAAUGAGUGAUGAUGAUGACCACUGCUUGGAUGUUUCGAUGCCAUCUUGUCACCUUGGUUGGCGCCCUUCCGGUCAGAACCCCACAACCCAGGGCAACACUCCUCCUGCCUCUCAUUAUCAACAACAGCAUCCGAAGCCAACUGUAACAGACCUCCAAAUCCCAAAGCCAACCCAAACACAGGCAACAAUCCCGGUUCAAGACGAGCCUGUCAAGUUUACGAGCGGAGCAUCAUCGUCUUGGAGAAAUCCGAGCCCGGGCCACGAUAAUUACUACCAUUGCACUGUCUGUUUAACAAGCUUCCCGUUGAGCCUGGAAACGAUGGAGGAUGUCUGUCAGCACGUGGCCACGGGGAUUGUCCGUCCCAAUGCAGGACACUCGGCCAUCUUCCUGCAUUUCCAGCAAAAGGUCAAGCUCAUUGUGAACAACCACAAAGGCGUAUCCAUAAGCACGGCUCUGGAGUGCUUGAAAUGUGAUCGGGAGUUUCUGUUGGGGAGCAAUCCGAACGUGGUCAGUGAGUGCUUCCGACACCUCAUCGGCCAUCAUUAUACGCCAGCUUUGGAGUCUUUUUGUGUCUUUUGUGACCAAAAAAUCGCCUCUGGACUCAUGGAGCAGCACAUGAACGAUCCAGGAUUGAGAUCUCAACACUUCCAACGCCUCCAAGCCGUUUUGACUUGCUUUUGUUCGAAAGAAAUGAAUCAUCGACGACGACGAGGAGGAGGAGAUCCUUUAUCGAUAGCCGUUCAUGACAAAUUGAGCGGGCCCAAGAAUGCCAUCUACACACCUUCCAAACCAGAUGACAGCUGCUGCCAAAUUUGUCAAAGGCAUUUCGAGCCUCACCCGGCCCUGCCCAAAUGGUUGAGCACUCACACUUGUCUGACGUGUGCCGAGAAUACCAUCGCGAACGUGUCCCGAGCGACUAAAAAAUGCGUGGUGCUCUGUCAUUUCUGCAAACAGGGCAAAUAUGGGUACAAAAGUGGAACUCGCUCUCCCUCAGCCCCCUUGCUCAAGGAGACCCCGAAGUUUGACGGUAGGGAUCGGGUGCCUUCUUCGCCCUCCGGCGCCGUAUGUGUCAAUUGUUUGAGCAUUUUGGAUGUCUUUACGGUGUCGCGACAGAAAAAUAGUCGGGAAUGUUUCAACUAUGUCCAAGGAAUGCUAACCGAACUGCUGAGCCGACUCUCACGUCACUCAUCGUUCUCUUCAUCUGAGAGCUGCUCUGGGCCAGAAUUGGUGGGACGAAACCACCCCAGCUGUGGCGUGGUUCCAUCAUCCAUCAACCACCAUCUCCAACAUCAUCAAGCCCAGGCUCGGCGGAAAUCUCUGCCCAAACCAUCAAGUCCCAAGAAACAAGUGGCCAUAGUGCCACCCGAACCGAGAAGCGGAUCCACCGCUUCAACCACUCCAUCAUCAAGUGGAACCAAAUGUUCCAUCCAACCAGUUUCCAACCCAACAGCCACCAACGACAACAGCAGCAACCACCGUCCUGGUGAGCAUCUGACAUCUGACAAAAUCACUUCGCCCAUGGAUAAAGUUCUCGAGUGCUCGAACAACAAUAACAACAGCAUCAUCAUCAGCAAUGAGGUUGGCAGUCCCACCAAGCCAACCAAUGUGGAGGACGAUGUUAUUCCUAUGAAAACUUUCUCAUGAAUCCACAGAGUCUUGCAUUAAUGGACUCCAUCAGAGUUUGCACUUGACAUUGAUAAACAUUGGCAUUUUUCCCAAGAUCUCUCAAUCUUUAUUUUGUCGAAAUAAAUAUUGAAACUCUA